GAUCAGUAGAACUUUCUUCAGUGAGAUAGACAGAGCAAAUGUCUGUUAAGGAGUGGAAGUGAAGUGAAGCAGAAUUUCAUUCCAGGAUGAAGAUCCUCCUCCUCAUCAUCCUCUACCUGAUCUCAGGUCCGGCAGACUGCACUGAUGUGAUUGGUUACUCAGGAGGAAGUGUCAUUAUCAUCUCUGAUAUACAGUGGUACAAACACAACAGUAAAUAUAUUUGCAAAGUGAAUGAAAAAGACUGCACUGAUAUAAUACGUGCUGACACCAAACGCUCUAAAGUUCAAGAUGGAAGAUUCAAGUUGUAUUCAAACACAGCAAACCUCUUCUUAGUAUUGAUCAGAAAGCUGAAGCCACAAGAUGCUGGAACGUAUAGAUUUGGACUGGGGGAUCAGAGCAACUCCACUGUGACCCUAAAAGUUCAUAAUAAUACAUCUUCAGGGGUGCCAAAAAUAAUGAAGGCUUAUCUUGGGCAGAAUAUCACCAUCACCUGUAACUAUCCAGUGGAGUAUGAGAAAAACACCAAAUAUGUCCUCAAAGUGGAUGAUGACAAUAAUAUUGAAGAAAUUCUUAAUACUAACAAAAAAUUUCAGAACAGCAGAUUCUCCAUUUCUGAUGACAGAAGUGCUAAAGUUUUCACUGUGAACAUCAGCGACGUGAGAGAAACUGAUGAAGUAUUUUAUUUAUUUGGUGUGUGGAAUGGAGGGGGGUCAGUCAGAUAUUACUCCUACUUUAGAGACAUGUGGCUACAUGUUACAGUCUUAUAUUUAGAUCCUAGCACAAACAUUCAUCCAACAACAACAGCCACCUACCUGAUGACCUCAGCAGCACCGAUAGAAACUCCAUCUGCAGUGUGUUUCAGUUCCUCUGUUAUCAUCAUCAGUGUGUGUGUCUGUGGGACUCUGCUGCUGAUCGGAGGAUUUGCACUGAUAAUGAUCUGCAAACUGAGACACGAGAACACAAGAUAAUACGCCUUCAUUCAACAGUAAAGUGAAUAAACAACUUCCUCCUGAUUAUAACAAUGAUUCAGAUUCUGUGUAUGAAAACAUUAGAAUAAGUGCAAUAUGAAACUGCAGUAGUAAAAGAAUCAGUCAGAACUUCCUGCUUGAGCUGUUGAUCUCUGUGCUAUGUUCUGAGCUGCAUCGUAAUUCAACUCUGUAGUGAGUCUCUCCACUUCUUUAUAGGACUGUGAUCUAAAAAAGCAUGUUGAUCAUAAAUCUAUACUAGUUCAGUCACAAGGUUCUUGAGGACUGCUAGCCAUUGUGUGUGUGUGUGGUUGUUCUUGCUAUUUUAAUUGCUUGUUUUUAUCAAUUUACAAAAUGCAAAGUGAGCAUAAGAACUAAGGUGAGGUUGUGGAAGACGGUUUCAGGUCACAGGUCAUACACCAUGGCGAGAAUGAGCAUAGGAACUGGGGUGCAGAAAAAUGGCAGCAGUUCCUCUGGACUGAUGAGUAUAAUUUGAAUAUUUGGCUUCAACAGGAGGCAGUUUUUUUCUGAAGGGCUGGAAAAUGGUACAAUAAUGAGUGACUACAGGCAACAGUGAAGCAUGGUGGAGAUUCCUGACUAUGUUGGAGUUUGGUCAGGAUUAAUGGUGCACUCAAUGCUGAGAAAUACAGGCAGAUACGUAUCCAUCAUGAAACACCAUCAGGGAGGUGUCUGAUUGACCCCAAGUUUAUUCCGCAGCAGGACAAUGACCCCAAACAUACCAAUUUCAUUAGGAAAAGUAAUUGUCUCUUCAGCAUAGGGAACAAGUCCUGGAAGUAAUAGUUUGGCUCCCACAGAACCCUGAUCUUUAUUCAUCUUAUGGCAUGAUGUUACUGUGCUUUAUUCUGCUCUGUUAUUAGAUGUUACUUUAUUACAGUUUAAAUAUGAACCUGUUUCAUGAGUCUAGUUGAUCACAGUAUAGACAUUUAUUGAUGUCAUCUCAUUCAUCAUAUUAUAUGUCCUAUUUUGGUUAUGCUGUUGAUGCUUAAUAAGAAGAUCUACAAUCUAUAUAAUCAUGUAUAUCUGCUAUAUGUCCAUGAAAUUCCCCUUUGCUAAAUCAUUAUCAAUAAAAACAAACUUCCAAAUAUAAACACUGCAC